UUCUCUACAAAAUCUCACUCUCAACUAAGCUGAGUCCCCCCACCCCUGCCAAUUUAUUUUUCUGUUCCCAGUUAUGCUCAGCGCUAUCGUCUGUCCCCACGCUCCAGAGAACAGCGCGUGAUAGGUUAGUUGGACGAAUUAACACGAAGCUCCACAUUCAAAUAACGAUGUUUGCAGCGGUCCAGAAGAAGGAGAUUUCCUGUGAGAUCUUUGUCAAUCACUUCAAGGAAAAUAAGGUGGAGAUAGCAAAUGCAAUAACAAAGCCAUUUCCUUUUCUUGAAAGCCUCAGAGACAAUUCUUUUAUCACUGAAAAGAUGUAUGCUGAUUCUCAAGAAGCUUGUAUAAACUUGAUUCCUGUACAGAGAGUUGUGUACCACGUUCUCUGCCACCUGGAGAAGGUGUUUGAUUGUUCAGUUCUGUCAGUCCUAUUCAGCAGGAUUAACUUGAAGGAAUAUCCUGACUUAAUUGAGAUUCAUAAAAGCUUCAAAAAGGCGCUCCCCUUUUCCCAGAAAAGGGACGGAAAAGAGACACCAAAAAUGCCCAGCUUUCAGCCAAGCUGUAAACAAGGGGUCAUCCAUUCUGGAACCAGAACAGAAACCUCUGAGCCUGUCCGGGAUGUGAAGUCAACAUAUAUAAAGCCAGAACAUUCUAUCCUUGGCCCAGGUGAUGCUCUUGGAACACAGCAAGCAAACACAAGCACCCAAGUAGUGCCCAGGGAACUCAAGGAUCUCCAAAUAAAAAAGGAGAGAGGGUCAGAAGAGGUGCCCAGUGGACGGCCACAUGGUAGACAAGUGAUCAGCAGUGAAGACUCUGAUUCCUGUGAGGGCGAAGAGACCCUGGAAGCCUCCAGCUCAGCAUCAAUGCCCAGGCCUGGGGAGAAGGACAAGGACCAUUUGUGCGGGGCUCCAGGACCUCAGACGUCUGAGUUCAGAGCAUCUGCUUCCUGAUGCGUUUCAACUGGAGUACAUUCCGUAGAUCCAGUUAUCUCUUUUUCUGCUCUCACCUCACCUGGCACUUUGGGAAAUGGGGGAGGCAAUCUUCAUUGACUAUGGGUGCUCUGGUAUUGACAUUAGGUUAGAAAGAAGCCAGGAUAUUUUGUUGUUUUUCCUUUUCACGUUAAUCUGGUUUGAAUUUGUGUCCCCACUCAAGUCUCAUGUGGAAUUGUAAUCCCCAGGGUUGGAGGAGGGGCCUGGCGGGAGGUGAUUGACUCAUGGUGGUUGACUCCCCUCUUGCUGUUCUUGUGAUGGUGAGUGAGUGCUCAUGAAAUCUGGUUGUUUAAAAGUGUGUGGCACUUCCCCCUUCACACCCUGUCUCCUGCUCCACCAUGUGAAGAUGUGCCUGCUUCCCCUUCAUCUUCUGCCAUGAUUGUAAAUUCCCAGAGGCCUCCCCAGCC